UUCUAGAUAAACCCUAACCUGACACAAUCCUUCGAAUUUCUUCAUAGAUUCCUCCGAUCAAAAAUGGGGUUUCAUCUUCUAUCGACGAUCGUAUCAUUGUUCUUCAUCUUAAAACAGUCAUCAUCAUCAUCAUCAUCACCGCCAUCGAUUUACGACGCCCUAAGCUCAAAUGGUCUCCCAAUUGGUCUCCUCCCGAAAGGAAUCACAAACUUCACAAUUGAUCCAUCAACUCAACGAUUCCAAGUGCAUUUGAACAGUUCAUGUAAUACCAAAUUCGAAACCAGGGUUCGAUUCGAUUGGAAUUUCUCUGGAUCUCUUAGCUACGGUCAAAUUUCUAAUCUCUCCGGAAUCGCGACUCAGGAUCUAUUCCUUUGGUUUCCGGUGAAAGGAAUCCAUGUUGAUGUUCCUACGACUGGUAUCAUUUACUUUGAUGUUGGUGUUGUCUAUAAACAAUUUGCUCUUUCUUCGUUUGAGAUACCUCGAGAUUGUACCGAAUUGGAUGAUGAUGGUUCUGGUACUGAAUUAAUCGUACUUACGGAUCAUUCUCGCGUCAUUCAGGACAAAAAUGAAAAGCUUCUGAUGCAACACGGCGAGGGAGAUGAACAGAGGGCUGCUGCAUAACCUCUAGAACAACCAACAUUUCGGUUUCUCGGUGAGUGUUGAAGAGUUUGCGUUCAACUGCUCGAUAAGGUAAUCUAACUUCGAGUUGGGUUUCUUUUAGAACAAUUUAUUUGGUGUCAAAUUUUUUUUCUUUCUGAUUUGUUAGUUUCCCACAUCAGUUUUAGUUACCCUGUUCUUGAAUGAUUAACUUUUGCUGGUAUAAUCAUGUGUUUUGUUGAAGAUUAGGGUCAUGUAGCAUAGUACAUUUGUUUGUUGAUCGAAAAAUAUGGAAUACUAAUGGGUCUUUAGUUCUACGUAUGUACGUAAAUUAACCAAAAAAUAUUUAAUUGAAUGGUUGUAUUAUGAUGCCAAGAUGUUGCGGUAAACCCAUUGUAUAUGCUGAAAUAUAUGUAUGCGUAUCUUUGA